AUGAGCGACCAGGCCAGAACAGAGCCGUCAUGUGGGCCGCAUGGUAGCGGGGGCCCCUGGUACCCCCUGAGAAAAUGGUGGCGGCCCAGCCGGCCUUUCAAUCAGGAGGUUGGCCUGCCGCCCUUCCUGGAGCCGGGGGACCCGUGGUGGAUGAACGUGGACUGGCUCCAGAGGAGCUUGGCAGCCGCGGCUUGGCCGGCGUACGCAGCCGCUCCACUGUUUGUGCCUUACAUCUCCGGGUCGAUGCCUCUUCCCGGCCAGAAGACGAGCCAGGAGCAGAGCACGUGGAGGGUGAGCCUGGACGUGGCUCACUUCGCCCCCCCCGAGGUUUCUCUCCGUGUCAAAGAUGGAUUCCUGGAGGUUGGAGGGAGACACGAGGAGCGGCGGGACGAGCACGGGUUUAUUGCCAGAUGUUUUACACGGAAAUACAGGCUCCCGGCUGAAAUUGAUGCAACUCAAAUCACGUCCACACUUUCUCUUGAUGGCAUCCUGACGGUGGAGGCUCCGGCCCCUGAGGCCGCGGCUCCUGCAGCCAUUAUCAUCCCCAUAAAGGAGGAGGAAGAGGAGGAGGAUUCUCCAGCAGAGGUCCCUGGGGACCAGGCCCACCCUGCCAGUGCCACAGCGGGGCCUCAGCAGGGCGACGAGAGGAAGGAACAGGAGGAGGAGACCCAGGAACAGCCAGCUGGAGAGUCCCACCCUUCAGCGCCUGCAGAUGGCAGCGGCACAGAGAGUCUUCAGGACUCCUCUAAGCAGGAUGAAGCCCUGGGAAGCCAAGAAGGCCCCGACACAGACGCGCCCAAACAGCCGGAACACAAAGACCCAGCCGUGGGGGAGAGAUCCAGGUAA